UUAGCAUACAGUACUAGGCAGGCUUCAGUAAAUGAUGGUAGGUGUUUUGGUGAUAUUUUGAAAUGGAUUUUUCAACCAUCACGUAGAAAGUUUUCAGUAACUUGCAUCAGUUUAUACAGCCUGGAUAUGGCAAACGUUGGCAGGAAAACUCGAUGGACAGUAGUUUUAAUAUCCACAUGGACAAUAUCUCGUUGCUUGUUUUCCUGAUUGUUUCCAGAUGCAAACAGCUAUUCAUGUCUUUUGGGUGAUUUAUGCUUAUCUCUUAACUGUCUGCAGGAUCAGGCCCACCUACUAUGACAUUGUCUUUGUUUAUCUCACGUAUUUUUAUAAAGAUGCCUGCGGCCCCAUAGAACUGAAAAGAGAGACUUUGUUUCUGAAUAGAAGCGUAUUUGGAGAAGAGCAGUUUUUGGACGCGAAUUCCUCCAAUGUCCUCUAUCACUUCCUCAACGAGACCUUGCACGAGGCAGAAUUGCCUCCUCAAAGCCCCAAUGUGAGCAGAACUGAGCUCUAUUUGCUCCUGUUAUUCAUCACUGAUGGCGCCUGGAUGGUGACUGCCAUUGGCAUGGCUGUGGGGGAGUUAUGCAACUCCAGACAGAAGCACUUGUCAAUCCUCUUCUACGGCCCCUGGCUGCUAUGCAGCGUCUUGGUAAUAUUCCUGGACGUUGUCGCCUCCGUUCAGUACGGACUGGAUCUCAUCUACAUCCACAGUUUCACCACAUGGUUGGACUUUAUCGGCGUGCCCAAUUCCACCGCCUUCCUAUCCUUCAACGCCCAUCCCAGCUCCAAAGUGCUGCCCCUCAUGCCCACCACUGUGGUGGUCUCUCUGCUCGGCCGCCUCUUCUUAGUCUGGCUCAUCAAUGUCAUUUGUUUCUUUGCCAUUCUCUUCAUGGCCAUCCCGGACUUUUACAGGCCAAAGCCAGGCCGUCGCAGUUCUAGAUCUGGCAGCCGCAUUGAUGGGGCGAUGGACUUGCAUUCGACAGAGACGCGAAUCCGAAACUGGCAACUGUUUUAUGGAAACGUCGAGGCCAGCAGCACUUUAUCGAAUGAAAGUAGCCGAACCGUCCCGGGUCCCAGUUGCAGUUCGGAAGCUCCUAAUCGCGGGAAGAAAGUGUCGAUCACACCCCCAGAGGACAGUGGUAAGUUACUAUUUCUUUUUGUGAUAGUAAGCGCGCAUUUGUGUUUGUGUGCAUGAGCACUAACAUCUAUA